AUGGCAAAAGAUAAAAAAGGGAAAAGCGAGUCGAAAAAGGCCAAGCUGGCCGAGAAGAAGCUGAAGGCGGAGAAGAAGGCGGAGAAGAAGGCCAAGAUGAAGGCGUCCAAGAUGGAGGGCAGCGACGGCGAGGACGUCGACCUGGAUGCGGUGCUGGAGGAGUACAAGAAGGAGCAGGAGAAGUUUCUCAAGGUGACCGAGACGGUGGCGGACGGGCCGCCGCGGGCCCGGUCGGCGGCGACGUUGCUGGCCAACCCGUGCAACAGCAACCAGCUGCUGCUCUUUGGGGGCGAGUACUUCAACGGCUCGCUCGCCACCUUCUUCAACGACCUGAUGAUCUACUACAUCGACCGCGACGAGUGGCGGUGCGUCACCUCGCCCAACGCCCCGCUUCCCCGGAGCGGCCACGCGUGGACCCGCGGGGGCAACCAGAGCAAUGCCGUGUACCUGUUCGGCGGCGAGUUCAGCUCGCCCAAGCAGGGCACCUUCUACCACUACAACGACUUCUGGAGGCUGGACCCGACCACGCGCGAGUGGACGCGGCUGGAGCCCAAGGGCAAGACGCCGCCGGCCCGGUCGGGCCACCGCAUGACCUACUUCAAGAACUACAUCAUCCUCUUUGGCGGCUUCCAGGACACGGCCAACCAGACCAAGUACCUGGCCGACCUCUGGCUCUACGACACGACCAGCUUUGUCUGGCACAGCCCGGCCCUGCCCCCGGCCCAGCUCAAGCCCGAGGCCCGCUCGUCCUUCACGCUGCUGCCGCACGAGCAGGGGGCCGUCCUGUACGGCGGCUACUCGCGCGUCAAGGGCACCGCCGCGGCGGGCGGCGGAGGCCACGGCGGCAACAAGCAGCAGCAGCAGCAGCAGCAGAAGCAGCAGAAGCAGAAGCAGGGGGCGCAGCGCAACGUGCUCAAGCCGCUCGUGCACACCGACUGCUUCUUCCUGCGCAUCACGCCGCCGCCGCCGGACGCGCCGCCGGGGACGCCGCCGACGGUGCGGUGGGAACGGCGCAAGAAGCCGGCCAACGCGCCCAACCCGCCCCGCGCGGGCGCCACCAUGGCCUACCACCGCGGGCGCGGCAUCCUGUUUGGCGGCGUGCACGACGUGCAGGAGAGCGAGGAGGCCAUCGAGAGCGAGUUCUUCAACGGCCUGUUCGCCUGGAACGUCGAGCGCAACCGCUUCUUCCCGCUCACCCUGCGCAAGAGGGCCGGGCCCGCCGGCGGCGGCGGUGGCGGUGGGAGAAAGGGGGCCGAGCAAAAGGGGGCCGUCGGAGGCCGGAAGGGCCGGGCCAGGGAGAACGAGGAGGAGCUGCUCCGGCAGCUGGCCGCGUUGCGGGCGGGGGCCGGGCUGGAGGAUGAUGAUGAUGAGGAGGAGGAUGGGGAAAAUGGGGGGGAGAAGAAUAGGGUGGUGAGGAGGGAGAUGCCGGUGAGGAUGGAGCUGCCGCAUCCCAGGUUCAACGCGCUGCUCGCCGUGCAGGAGGACGUGCUGUACAUCUACGGCGGCACGUUCGAGAAGGGCGAUCGCGAGUACACGUUCGACGACAUGUACGCCAUCGACCUGGGCAAGUUGGACGGGUGCAAGGAGAUCUUCAACCGGCCGGUGGAGGACUGGGUGGUGAAUGAAGACGAUGAAGACGACGAGGACGACGAGGACGGCGAGGACGAGGACGAGGAAGAAGAAGGCGAGGCCGAGGUCGCAAACGAGGAGCCCAAGCCGAAGUUGUUCACGGAGAGCAAGCGGAAGAAGAAGCAGGCCUCGGAGGAGGCUUCCAACGCGGGCUCGGCAGCCUCGGCGCCGGCUGAGGAGGAAGAGGAAACCGAGUCCGGGGCUGCUCCGGAGGACGAUGGGCUCCCGCAUCCCAGGCCCUUCGAGUCCCGGCGCGACUUCUUCCAGCGCACGUCCAAGGAGUGGCAGGAGAUCCUCAUGACGAAGCUGCGCUGGAAGGGCAUCCAGCCCGAGACGCUGACCAUCAAGGAGAUCAAGGCCAAGGCGUUCGAGCUGAGCGAGGAGAAAUGGUGGGACUGCCGCGAGGAGAUCACGAAGCUCGAGGAGGAACAGGAGGAGGCGGGCAUCGGCGAGGUCGUGUCGCUCGCCGACAGGGGCGAUUCGGGGCCUGGGGCUGGUGGC